GCCCUUGCAAUGGGCGUACUCCCCACUAUUUGCGCCGCUGGCCCUCUUGCGAAACGUCAGGACGGUGCCAUCCCUUUGGUUAACUCGACCUUGCCGGGAGUGGUCAGCGUGACGCUCACAGACGGAGGUUCGAGUCAGAAUAAUAUCAUCACCACUUGCGAUCGCUCCACGUAUCAAGUCUCCCUCAACACUAUCGAGGACGGCGACUUUUCUGAAAAUUCCACUUUUCGGUUCGUCCUCGGCCAGCCUCGUUACGGUCAGAAGGGCGGCUACCUCGAGGGAGACGGCAUCUUCCUAGACAAGUCCUACAAUCUUUCGCAGGCCAGCAACAGGGUUCCGUUCCCGGCCAGUGGUUCCGACCCAGCGAGGAGUCUUCUCACAUUUCCCCUCUACCCCGGUGGCAACGCUUCCGUAGGCGACGCGAAAUGGACUCUUGGGACUGAUAAUGGAGCCCAAAAAGAUCAACUCGCCAUUGCGAGCUACAUUAUGAGCGAGGUCUUUGUGGCUAACGGCACCUCCUCGACGCCUAUCUACGGCAAUGUGACGCUGCAAGCGGACUGCACAGCCGCGUACGAAGGCCAAUCGUCCGCGGCGAAGCACAAUGUCAUUCUUGGCCUCUCUUCGAUCUUCGUCGGCAUCUCGGCCACUGCACUUGCAUGGUAGAGGCUACAACCGUGCGCUAUCAUGACGUACCGUGCUUGUAACACACCUUUGUAGUCGCAAUGGCGCUCCCUCAUGUUGCCGCACAGUUCUCUUGCGCCCUUCAUUCCUAGAGGCUCACAGCACGGUAUCGUAUCGCACAGCAAUAGCAAAGUAAUUUGCCUUUGGUAGCAAUUCGUACAAUUUGGCAAAUGUGUGG